AGAACCACUGCUCUAUUCUGUUCUAUCCAGGAAGAGGAAUCCUUGAACACGGCCCCCACCUGACCCGGAAGUCCCUCUGCCCAGCAGGAAGAACCGGAAGCGGAAAGAGGCAGCCAAGGGAUCUUACAGAAGGGGAAGGAGAGGGCCAUCCUCCCAGGUGUUUUAACUGAUGUGGUGCAUCUGAUCACUGCUCUUGUUUCCCGCCUCGAUCCAUAGAGACAGGCAGCAAUAAUGGUUUCUGCAAAGCAACUGGCUGACUUUGGCUAUAAGACCUUCUCAGGCUCCAUGAUGCUCCUUACACUGUAUGGUGGCUACCUCUGUAGUGUCAGAGCAUAUCGCUAUUUCCAAAACCAGAGUAAAAUAAAGCAGCUUGAGCAGCAGGAGAUAACAUCUACAGUUAAGGACUGAACACUGCCUCCCAACAUAUGACCAUAUGAUCCUUACUGAACAUGAGAUUGCUGUGUUUCAACAGACAUUUCUACCAAUUUUGGGAAUUUUGGUCAUAAUAGGCAUUUCAAGCUGUGAAAAGAAGACAAAAACAGGUCCACAGCUAUGUAGUUAUUACAUUUUGUUUAGUUUCUCUCCUUUCUGUAAAUAAAAGCCGAGAACUUCUAAGUAUAAAA